AUGGCGGACGCCGCAGUUGAGCAGAAGCAGCGCAAAUCGGUCGCAUUCGACGAAGGCUCGGUCAUUAUGGAUACCAACGGCCAAGUCCAAGACGCACCGGCUGCUGAGAAGCCCGCCGAGAACGAGGUCGACGAGGUCACUGAGAUGUUCAAGGGCCUCUCCAAAAAGAAGAAGAGCAAGAAGAGCAAGGAUACCGAGGGCGGCGAAGGCGACGAGACCCCCGCAGCCGACGGCGAGUUCGACCCCUCUGCGUUGAAGAAAAAGAAGAAGAAGUCCAAGCCUGCGAAGGACUCCAACGACUUCGAGGCCAAGCUCGCCGAGGCCGGCGUUUCCACAGAGGAUGCGGAGGAGAAGGGUGAGGAGCCCCUACCCGAGGGCGACCUCGAGGCCGGCACCGGCAUCUGGCAACACGACAGCACGCAAACCAUCCCCUAUGCUCUCCUCGUCUCGCGCUUCUUCUCCCUCAUCCAGAGCCACCACCCCGACCUGCUUUCCAGCGGCACCAAGUCGUACAAAAUUCCCCCGCCCCAGUGUCUGCGUGAAGGCAACCGUCGUACCAUUUUCGCCAACAUCGCCGAUAUCUGCAAGCGCAUCAAGCGUUCCGACGAGCACGUCACGCAGUUCUUGUUCGCUGAGUUGGGUACUAGCGGUUCCGUCGAUGGUAGCCGUCGUCUGGUUAUCAAGGGUCGUUUCCAACAGAAGGGUAUCGAGUCCGUCCUCCGUCGGUAUAUUGUCGAAUACGUCACCUGCAAGACCUGCCGCAGCCCCGACACCGAGCUCAACAAGGGAGAGAACCGUCUGUACUUCGUCACCUGCAACUCUUGCGGAUCUCGUCGUUCGGUCGCCGCCAUCAAGACUGGUUUCCGUGGACAGGUCGGCCGCAGAAAGCGCACUGGUUAA